CACGCAUAGAGCCGCUGCGAGGCCCCUCGGAGCCGCAGAAACAGCCCCUUGUCUGUGAGGGAGGGAGCCAACCAACCGCAGCGCCAUCUGUCCCCCCCCUGAGGGACCCCUAUCUGCUCUAACGGCUCUCUGGAUCACAGCCAGCGGCCCCCAUGGCUCCGAUACGCAGCAACACUGGUGGAGGCGAUGGAGGAAUAAAACCUGACAGGAAGAUGAGGAAACCUCUGGUGGAGAGGAAAAGAAGAGCUCGCAUUAAUGAAAGCCUGCAGGAGCUCAGGGCUCUCAUCGCAGACCGCGACUUACAGUCGAAGAUGGAGAAUGCUGAGGUCCUGGAGGUGGCGGUGAAACACGUAGAAAGCAUCCUGCGGAACCAAACUCAAGAGGUGGACGCUCUGAACAGGGAGGCCAGGGAGCGUUUCGCCGCGGGCUACAUCCAGUGCAUGCAUGACGUGCACACGUUUGUGUCCAGCUGCCCUGGAAUAGACAGCGCCAUAGCGGCGGAGCUGCUGAACCACCUCCUGGACCGCAUGCCCCUUAAUGAUGAGGAGCGCCUUGAUGCAAACGAGCCGGCCUGCACCAGCACUCGGGCCCACCCUGAGAGCACGUACACCCCGGCUGCUACCAACGACCUCAGCUCCGACCUGGAUGAGACAGACUCGGAGCAAAGCCAAGCUUCCUCCACGGAGGAGGUAGACACCCAGCGGGCGUCAUCGGGCUUAACUUUCUCCAAGCCGGUGUGGAGACCUUGGUAGAGCAUUUUGAAGGAGCUUGCAUAAGAAUUUGAUGGAUAGGCCUCAAUACACUACAAAACAUCCCUGAACAGAUGACCUUAUAAUGUCUAAGACAGUGGUUCUCAAAUUUUUAAACUUAAAACCGUAGUAAGUUUCCACCGUACCACCAUCUUUAUAGACAUUUUAACAUAAGAAAUAAAACAGGACUUGUUUUUUUCCCCCACUUGCUGGGUUUUGCCAUUAAAACAAAAACCUUCCCCUACCAUUGACGCUUCGCCUAUGGAUGAAUGAAUGUGGUUUAUAUAGGUCCUUCACUUUUACUCAGAAGCUCACAUUUCCAAAUUUGGAAACCGUAAAAGAAAUCUGAAACUCCAAAGUCAGAAGACGUUUACCAACCUUGACCUCACGAUCCAAUAUGACUUCCCUGAGAUUACAUUUACUGAUUGCCAGAGGAAGGAAAAGCUUUAUUUGACAUUGUGUGUCUAAUCAAGAGUGCAUUGCAAUCUUUAAUGGACAGGUUGCAACAUGUUUUAAAGCACAAAAUUAAGAGAAAUGCAACAUUAUUACCAGGUAUUGCUAAUCUUACGUAGAAUCUUCACUGAGCACAAUUAACAAACCCCAAUGGUUUUCUACCUCUGGACCCUGAACAUGGUUAUGUUGGGUUUAAUGGCAUUUCCAUGGUCAAGCUUCAGAGGUCAGUGGGACACAGCAGAGGUAACCACAAGCCCUUUGUUCCUGUUUCACUGCCAUCUGCUGCAAAACAGGUAAUGUGUUUGCACUUAGCUUAAAAUGAUUAAUUCCAAAGUUCUUUAAAGUACCUUGUACUGCUAUGGACAAUAUUACUAUGGUAUUAUGGUCUUGUCGCCAAAGAAAAACUUCUCCGGUUAGUAGAAAAUGAUUUUAAGAUUCCAGUGAAGAGGCAAAAAGGAUGUUUUUGAUAUGCAAUUCUGUGAAGUUUAGCUGAGAACAGCAACAAACUUAACAACAGUCCAUGUCACCCAUAAAUAAGCUAAAACAGUGGUCAUGUUUGACAACCUGUUAGCUUUGCACAUAGGAUUUCCUUACUUCCUUACAAACUCGCUGCGAUAAAACAUGUUUGUGCAAAAACUAACGAAAAUACAUUGACGGUAACAUUUUCACGGAACGUUUCUUCAAACAGAUUCAACCUCUGUAAGCAGGCAACCGUCAACUGGAACCAAGAGCUAGAGGCUUUCUGAGCAGCGCGAUUGAUAUCUCUGUUGAAACUGUGGACGACAAAAGGCGGAAAACAAAAGGGAGGUUCCAUACAAGUCGUUUUAAAAUUUGCAUUCAGUUGUUUUUGGGCAGAGGAGAAGCCAAGUCCUCAGGGUCUGCUGCAUGGUGCCAACACGCUGCAUCUUUUUAACCCAAAAUUCUAGUAAGAAUUUGGGCUUUUUAAUUAAAAUUAAAUAACGUGAGGAAUCAAGGUCCCUGUCCUGUUCACUGACUAUUUUAAAAUUAUUAUUAUUUUGUGACUGUAGUCAUUGGAUAAAAAAAAAAUUGGGAACCACUUUGUCUAAGGCAUCAAGAAGCUCUUUGUCAAAUAUUUUAAAAUGACAAUUGAAACAAAACAUAAUAAAAUCGGUGUGCAUUUAAAAGUGUAUCUAGUCCUACCUCCAGGUGAAGGUGGUGAAUGCAUUUGUAAAUAUGUCCUUGUUAAUAUUUAGCUGUUCCCUUGCAGAUACGUUUGUUAGAUAAAUUAUUUCCCAUUUGGGAAGACCUGAACUUUGUAUUUAUAGUGCAUUAGUAAGCUACCUCGACUGAUUAUUUUUCUAAGUUCAAACGCUUCUAAUAAACGACUUUUUUUUUUAACAAAAGGUUCCGUCGAAAUUCUAUUUAUGCACCUCUCGCGCUCCUAAAAAGCUACAUUUUACACAGAAGGAUCCCACUAGCCACCCACCCUCGUCUGUUACAAAGAUUUUAGCUUUUACUCUGCAGUUUCUGUGCGCUCUCCCUCCCUCCCUCUCUCUAAGAUCUCUUUGCACGUCGUAGGCAUUUGUGAGGUGUGAAAUGAGUAAUCGCUCCUUUUAUAGGCCUCGUUCAGAACUUGACAAAUGGGUUUUAUAGCUUUAUUAGAGCUCAUCUUUUUUUUUUGUGUCUUUUAUUUUAAAUAACCUGGAUACAUGGCUGGUCAUGAGUGGGAAUUUUCCAUAAGCAGUAGGUCAUCAGUAGGUCAUCAUCUGGAUUAGGCUGUAAUGUACUGGAACAGAGUAACGUUGCAGAGCAUUUGGGUGUGCAGAUGAUAGCAAGUUAUUUACUUUGUUCACAAUCAAAGGUGCUCAGGUUUCUAAUCUCAUGCCUGCAUCUUAAGCGCAGCGAAAGAGACAGACUGUGUGACUCAGACCCCUCAGAUUUCAGAUUAAGCAGCGCUUCUGAGGCCGUUCCGAAAUCCAUCUUUGGUCGCGUGUUUCCUCUCGUGUUCCUGCGAUGUUCCCUCAGAGUGUCAACUCUUUCACGAUCCACAGUCCUAACACUACAAAGUAAUGAAUAACUGUAAAGUGGAAGGAAAUCGAUGACACAUGGUUCUCAAAAUCGUUUUAAACAAAUUGAAAAUCUGAAGAGGGAGGCAUUCGUUUUUGUCCAUCCCUUUUCACCCUGCUAACCUUACAUAUAAUCAAGUCACCUAAUCAGUAAAUAAGGUCUACCUGUGUGUAAUUUGGGUCCAGUAUAAAUACAGCUGUCAGUGAGCGGUAGUGAAGAAACAGCAACACGACGGCCUGUGAAGACCGCAGACGGGUCUGUAACAACAUUAUAGGGAAGUUUAAAGCAGGGUCAGGUUUGAAACAAUAUCAUUUGAAUG